GAGAAGCCUGGUAAACAAUGCACAAGUUUGAGAUCAAUAGUGUAAUUUAUAUAGUAUGGUACAGAGGAUACAAUAGUAAGUAGUGAUACAGAGGUACAUGGAUGAUUGUUUAUAUCACCAUCACGGCUUGUUUCCCCGGAAGUAAGAGAGUGGGAUCUUUAAUGCGUCACACACCUGUGCGGAACUUUCUAGAAGAGAAGCUCGAGGUUUGUCCGCUCGGAUCUUUCUGUGUCGCGCGGCAGUUAUCUGGAUUACUCAGUAGUUGUGUGAAGUUUUUUUUUUCUCAGAAUUUCAUUACAAAGUCACAGUUAAAGAUCUGAAGGUGUACGUGAUGGGCCGCAUCGUCGUUCUUUUAAUCCUGCUCGGAUGUGGUGAAAUGUCCACAGACACACACACUCUGCAGUACCUCUACACUGCAGUCACACCAGGAGUAAAUUUCACUGUUGUUGGUCUGGUGGAUGGAGAGCAGUUUGUGUUCUACAACAACAACAUGAUGAGGAUCUCAGAGUGGAUGAAGAAGGCAGAAGCUGAUGAUACAGAUUACGAGCAGAAAGAGACACAGCAUGUGAAGGAUCAACAGGACUCACUCCAAAACAUUGUGGCUACAGUAAUGAGGAUCUUUAAUCAAUCUGAAGGAGUUCAUACUCUACAGAGGAUAUACGGCUGUGAGCGUGAUGAUGACGGCACCCCUAGAGGAUUCGAUGUGUACGGUUAUGAUGGCGAAGAUUUCAUCAGUCUGGAUCUGACAACUGGAACCUGGACUGCAGAUAAUGAUGAAGCAGAGAUCUUCAUAAAAGAGUGGGAUCCUACUGGAGAUAAAGCUAAAAAGUCGAAGCAGUUCCUGAAGACUGACUGUAUUGAUCGGUUACAGAAGGUUCUGAAUCAUAGCAAAGAAACUCUGGAGAGAAAAGAUCCUCCUACAGCGUCACUGUUCCAGAAAAACUCGUCUUCUCCAGAGGUGUGUCAUGCUACAGGUUUCUUCCCCAAAACAGUGAAUAUCACCUGGCAGAAGGACGGAGAGGACGUGCAUGAGGACGUGGAUCUCAGAGAGACGUUACCCAACCAGGAUGGAAGCUUCCAGAAGAGAAGCAUUCUGACAGUCUCAGCUGAGGAUCUGCAGAAACACACCUACACCUGCGUGAUUCAGCACAGCAGCAUGGGGAAGGAGUUGGUGCUGCAUGAGGAGGAUAUUCGAAUCCUGAAUCCUGGUGGAGGUUCAGGUGGAGCUCCGAUCGGUAUCAUCGUUGGUGUAGUCGCGGUUCUCCUGGUUCUCGUUGCUGUUGUUGCUGGAAUUGUGGUCUGGAAGAAGAAGAAGAACUCUGGCUUCAGACCUGUUCCACCCAAACCCGCCUCUGAAGGAGAUUCUUCCUCCAACAACUCUUAAAGUGGACUGUGUGUGUUCCCGCUGCACUGAGAGAGUAAGACGUGAUGUUGUUUACGGUGUAAUAUGAUAUAAAGAUCUGGAAAAAAUAAUCUCCACUAUAUCAGUAGCAAAUGUGCGAUUAUCUUCACCUCUACUGAGUAAAGAACGGAAGUGUAAGGACAGUGAUGAGAGUUCAUACAUUUAUACAAUCAUCAGCCCUUUAAUCAGCAGGUAUUGUAGGUAUGCUCACACUGACAUGGCAGUGGUCUGGGUCUGGGUGUGGGUCUGGGUCUGUAUCUGGGUGUGGGUUUAGUCUUAGUCCUGUGUCAAAUAACUUUUAAUAGCUUUUAUCAUAUUUAGUCAUAUUAUUGUUAUUAUUUAUUAACAAUUCAGUUGAACAUUUUGUUGAUAUAAAUAGAUAUAUUUUGGUAAAGAUUUUAUUUUAGACCACAUUUUAGUCUCGUCUUUUUUCGUCAUCAGUAUUUCAUGCUGAUAUAGUCACAGUUAGUGUUUAGUGAACUGUCUUCUCAUCUACAUGGUUCAAAAAAAGGCUCUUUCACACUGAGCACGACGCAAUAAAACGAAGUGAAUCACAGAUGAACGAUGCUUUCACACCGAACACGAAACGAUUGAUUGUCUUCAGCUAAUUCACGUGUGCAGGAUAGGUGGCGCUGACCAAGAAUGCAUUUUACACCUUCACACUAGGUGGCACAACCCACUACCUUUGACCCCUGAGAAUCACUUAAAUGUUGGCGCAGAGCACCACAACACAAACUGUUAAGAAUAAAGUUUUUUUUGUGUUUUUGAACAGCACCAUCGAGCUGUUUUAGUCUGAAUUAAAUAAUCUGAAAUAUAAUAAAUAACACAGCAGUGGGACAAAACCUGAGUUUAAUGCCCAAGACCAGCACAGUUUUAUUUUUGUGGUGGAAAAAAAUCGACACACUGGUUGACAAAAAUGUAGUGUCACUUUGUCACGCCGUGAAUGAACCGCGCCCGGUGUGAGUAGCUCCAUAGGGAUCAACUGUUUCGAUACAAGAUCAUCAUCACAUCAAACAUUCACACCGCUUAAUCACGCUCAGUGUGAAAGGCCCUUAAGAACCAUAAACAUAAGAAAAUUCACAGUGUAAUAAAAAAAAGAGGUAAUAUAAGUAGUGGAAAGUGACAAGUAAUGAUAGUUAUAUUUUGCAUUUAUUUUACAAAUAGUCAAAACACAAUAUUUCAGAAAGGCUUGUAAAGUCUGUUAUAAAAGAUAAAGAACCAAUUAUAAUGUAGCAGUUCAAAAGAUAACACUAUAAAGUGUGUAACUGCUGUAUUCGCACUGCCAUGUCCGUGUCUAGUCAAGUCCAUAGCCGAGAGUGACCUCACAGUACAUUUAAAAUUUAGUGCCGCAACAAUUAGGCUAGCGGUGGUGUAGAGAUGCGAGUGGAUGAAUGUUUUUUUUUUUUCUCCUCCCAAAAACAUUCCAGAGGAUGAACUAAGAUAAAGUGCCUCUAGGUGUGCAGGAUGUGUGUGCCGUGUCAUAGAAGCCCAAUUUGGACAUUUUGACUUAGGGGUGUACUCACUUUUGUUGCCAGUGGUUUAGACAUUAAUGGCUGUGUGUUGAGUUAUUUUGAGGGGACAGCAAAUUUACACUGUUACACAAGCUGUACACUCACUACUUUACAUUGUAGCACAGUGUCAUUUCUUCAGUGUCGUCACAUGAAAAGAUAUCAUCAAAUAUUUACACAAAUGUGAGGGGUGUACUCAACUUUUGUGAGAUACUGUAAGUGUGUAGGAUGCGUUUGGGUGAGUUAAUUAACCUGCUAGUAAAGCGCUUCAGUUUCCCGUGUUAGUGUUCAUUCACUGUUCUUCAGUUCACGCAGCGGCUCAAUCGCCGACAUGAUUUAUUCAUUAGCAUCUUCAGUAUCCGUUUUUUUAAAUAAAAAAAUUAAUUAAAAUCGGUGCUAGUGUUUGCUACACAUCUUAAAUUCUUUAAAAAAAAAAAAAAAAAAAACAGUUUUGAAUGUACAUUUUUAUCUUCGAAGUCCGGAACUUGCUUUAACAGAACUAGAGCAGACGAGAGGACAGAAGCUGCAGGAAUGGUUAAGUGUAUCAGGAAUCUUCCUCUCACGCAGAGUGCCGUGUGCAGUUCAGUGUUUCUCAAAUAAAACACUUAAACUGCAUUUGCAUCCGUCUCUACUCGCUGAACAUGACAUGGUAACACUCAUUCUCCUGUAAACAAACACACGUGUGAACACAAUGGGUGAUUAUCGAGGUCAGCAAAAAGUAUUGAGGUCACGUCCAUAUAUCACACAAUAAGUCAAUAAUGUAGUUCUCGUGACAGGCCUACUGACAAAUAAAACCUUCAAAAACCUUCAUUAACUGUAAAAAUGAGUUUCGUUCUUUUCUCAGUUCAGGGAAACACAUGCUACAGAUGUAAUAGUGGAGAUUAGAAAUUAAUGCAAAAUGCAGACUUUUUUUUUUUUAUUCUCAGUUGUGUGAGUGAUAUAAAGACAUUGCAAUGUUCUGCUUCACUGAGUUUAUUUAACAAAUAAUUUAUUGUGUUAUGACUAUUUAAAAUGUGAAAAGAGUUAAACGACUUGAAGCUAAAUUGUUUACUUUUAUAAUGAAUGUGUCAAUUUAUAUGUGAAAUUUACAUUUGAUGUAUUACUUAUUACAUGUUAGAUACAGUGCCUUACACUAAUAUUGGCAAUCUUGGUCAAGAAGAGUGUGAAAAAUUGUGGCGGAACGCUCUCAGAUCCUUCAGCGUGUAUUCCAUGUAUUCUCAGGCAUUAUAGGAGAAGGCUCAGAGCUGUUAUCUUGGCAAAGGGAGGUAGCGCAAAGUAUUGACUCAAAGGGUGCAAAUAAUUGUUGCACAUGUAUUUAACAUGAGAGCAAAGUAUUCUUGUGAAUUUUGUUGAGUGCAAAAGUUUUAAUACUGUGUCAGAGACUUGUAACCCUCUCAAUGGUAAGCGCUAUCUGCCCUCUUCCAAAUAUAUGAGCUAACAGAUGCCCAUGAUUGGCCAGUGAUGCUGUGACUGGCAGGUGAGAGGUUUGCCCCUCCCACCCUGACAGCACAGCCAGUGUUUGCUUCAAAUUUGAUUCUUAACUCCACUUGAACCUGUUCAACCUUUUAAAUAAGAAUUAAAAACA